GGGAAAAGCCGAGCUGGGCCGGACGCGCCUCUCUCUUCCCGUGGUGCCUUGCGCGGGCGACGGAGGGCUGUCCGCGGUGUCGCCCAUGGCGCAGGUCGAGUUGCCGGGCUCGUCGCUGGUGGCGGCCGUGCUGGAGGCCGUGGAGGCCUCCUCGGGCCGCCUGGACAAGGAGAGCCUCGGCCGACGCAUCGCCCGCCUCUCGGAGCGGGUGGAGGAGCUCAAGGAUGAGGUUUGCUGCAUGAUCAAGGAACGAUACGUGGAGUUCCUGCCCAGCAUGCAGAAUGCCAAAGAGUUGGAGUCUGAAGCAGAGGAGCUGUCCAGCAGCAUUAGUCAGUUGAAGUCUGUGAUCGAAACAGAGGUUCAACAGGACCUCAAUGUGGCCAUUGCAGAAUUUACAGAGCUGAAACAACAGCUGGAGAGAGACACCCUAAUUCUGGGUGUGCUGAAGCAGCUGCAGGAGUUUGAUUCUGCCCUGAAGAAGUCCACUGCCCUGUUGCCAGAGAAGAAGUAUGUCCCUGCCGCAUGCCACUUGAAGAAGGCCCAGAGGUGUCUGGAGCUGAUGGAGUCCCGUCGGGGCUUUGAGCUGAAGAUUCUGAGAGCAUUCCACGUUGAACUUGUAACGCAGACAGAGAACCUCCUUGGCGUUUUGGGGCAGGAGUGGCAGCAGCUGGCAGUGUGGAAACUUCCUCAGUCAAAAGAACCUGGCAGUGUGGAGUCGGCCUUGCAGACAGAGCUGCGGUUGCGCAAAUCACUCCCCGGGGAGGACGCCAGGACCAACCCAUCUGCUACGUCGGUGCUGCAGGGGUUUGCCAUCUUGGGCGAACUCCACUACAGAUUUAAGGUCUUUGGGCAGCUACUGCUGAGCUACAUCCUCAAGCCCUUGAUCUGCCACCCGUCAUUGCAGUCCUCGCUGGAGGAGCAGCCGGAUGCCGUCGUGCUGCAGCUGGAGUCCGUGGGCGCCCCGCCGGGCCCCCCCUCCCCCGUGGAGGUGUUUGCACAGCUGCAGCUGGUCCUCGAGGUCCUCCACAAACACCUGUUGACUGUUCCUCCUGAUCAGUGUGCUGAAGAUGAGGGCGACUCGGGGCCCAUCUUGGCGCAGGUGCUGGGAGAGCUCAUUUGGAAGGAGCUGGCCGACUGCCUCACCUACGACUGCCUGGUGCACUCGAUCCCAAACAGCAGCAGCAAACUGGGGCAGUACAUCGAGGUUAUUAAUGCCACGGAACAGUUUGAGCAGGCCUUGAAGGAAAUGCAGUUUGUAAAGGAGGAUUCCACUGACCUGCUGACCUAUGCCCGCAAUGUCAAUCGCCACUUCGCUGACAAGAAGUGCCAGGACGUGAUAACGACAGCGAGGCACUUGAUGAUGGCGGAAAUACAUGACACCGUCAAGAUCGCCCCGGAGGCCUCGGUUGCUCUGCCCAAACUCCCUGACCCUGCAGCGGGUGACCACUCGAGGGCGCUGGUGUCGUCCAAGGCGCUUCCUGUCCAAGGGGGGAACCUGGAGACCGAGGCCAGGCUGAGCCCGGGCACCCUCUCCUUUCCUGCCUGCUGCAUCAGCGAAUCCAUACAGAAGCUGGUGGCGCUGGCUUACCAGACGCUCCAGGAGGCCUCGGCCAGCACUGACCAGUACAGCGCCCAACUCUUUUACUUGGUACGGGACAUCUUCUAUAUGUUCGGGGACGUUGUGCCGAUGUACCAUAAGGAGAAACUUCAGAAGUUGCCCCAGCUGGCCGCCAUUCAUCACAACAACUGCCUGUACAUAGCGCACCAUCUUUUGACCCUGGGCCACCAGUUCCAGGGGCGCCUUGGUGCCCUUUUGUGUGACAGGACAGCCACUUUUGUUGACCUGGUACCCGUCUUCAGAAGGCUCGGGACCGAAUGCUUCCUGGCCCAGAUGCAAGUGCAGAAGGGGGAACUGCUGGAGAGACUCUCGAGCGCCAGGGAUUUCUCCACCAUGGACGACGAGGAUAGCUACGCAGCGGCAAACAGAGCCGUGCGGCAGGUCCUGCAUCAACUGAAGAGGCUUGGCAAAAUCUGGCAGGGCAUCCUUCCUGUGAAUGUCUAUUGCAGAGCCAUGGGGACUCUGCUGAACACCGCCCUGGCAGAGGUCGUCGCCCGGAUCCUCACCUUGGAGGAUAUCUCUGCCGAGAACGCAGACAGGCUGUACACGCUUUGCCAGAUGCUGGUGGACGAAGGGCCCGAGGCGUUUGUUCCUCUGCACGCAGAAGAGCAGAACAGGCCCUUCAGAGAAGAAGUCCCAGUCUAUGUUCCCAAGUGGAUGAUGUUCAGGGAGCUCAUGCUGGUCUUGCAGGCCAGUCUGCAAGAAAUCCUGGACCGGUGGGCCGAUAGCAAAGGGCCCCUGGCUGCUGAAUUCUCCCCAAGCGAGGUGAAGAAUCUAAUCCGAGCCUUGUUCCAGAACACAGAGCGGAGGGCAGCUGCCCUGGCAAAAAUCAAAUAGCUUUACCAUCACUUCUAUACCUGAAACGUCUUCCAGGAAGCCCGGCAGCCAACCUGGGCCGUGGCCUUCUCCUUGGAUUUGACCUUUCCUCUCCACCUGAGGACCUCCUCUGGCUUUGUGUGCAGGUACUCCUGGAGACCCAAAGAAAGUGAGACUGUCAUCGUCUAAUGCAGUCACCAGAGCGAUGUGGCAACCACUUGUCCCAUGGCCCCCCCAAAGAUAGGUGCCUGACAAUACAGGGUCCCGGUCCAUUUGCCACUCAGAGAAAAAUCUAAUUUUGUCUCAUUUUAACUUCUCUUCUAGUUCCUUGGCAUCAGAAGUGUUGGUAGACCUUUCCCAUACUUUUUGUUUUCUGCUUUGGGUAUUUGAAGAACUUCUUUGGGUCCAGGAGGACUCUAAGUCAGUCAGCUCUGGCACCCCUCUGCUCUGGGGGGUAGGGGGGAGAGAGGGCUCAGGCACUUCUUGGCUGGGAGGUCCUUCUAGACAAGCAUCUAUGCAGCUUCUUUCAAGGGGAUGCGGCCUCUGCAUUCGGUACCUCAUUUCUCUCUUUUGCAACUGGCCUCUGAAGCCCCCAAGACUUGAAGAAUCCCUUGAACGGCCUUUCGAAGGCUUCUAAAGUGCCAAACGGUCAAAGUUGACUCGCUGCUUCUAAACAGCAGCUCUAUUUCCUUUAUGGGCCGUGUCGUUCAUCAGAAGUGGCCACAACUGAACACUCUCAACUUCCACCUGUUGGUUUGUGCAGCACUACCCCCCACCCCCUUCCCCAAACCAGCCACCUGCGUUUUGUGUACCAAAUGCGAGCUGUUUUGUUAACAUGGGAACCUUUCGUCUUUGGGGAUGUGGAGGGCCCUUUUUAUAUAAUAAAAACAAAAGCCCGAGACUCCU